AUGCAGUGCUCUCCCUGCAAACUGCGUACCCACCAGUGGUGUUUCCUCCUCUUCAAUGUGCUACUCUUCCAUGCCCUGUUGUUUGGGGCGGACUUUGUCGAGGAGUACCUCCUGCAGCCCACACCUGGGGUCUACACUGAUGGCACGGUUGCUGAUGUAAGAGAGAAAGCAAGGAAACUUGACCUGAGCAACGCCAGGGAGAACGUGUCCCAUGCCUACCCCAUUGCUAACCCUGAUGCCUGCAGAAACUCGGACCUCUUCCUCCUCACUCUAGUCUUCAGCUCCACAGCUAAUAUCACCCAAAGAGAUGCAGUCAGGAGGACAUGGGCCAACCAAACAUUCGUCCAAGGCUUCCCAGUGCGGAUACUGUUCUUCUUAGGAUCAACUCAGACUUCCGAUGCACAAAAGGCCCUCAUGAUAGAGUCUGACCGAUAUGGGGACAUGGUCCAGGGUCAUGCUGUGACUGACUCAUCCCUCCGUGGGCCAACAGAAAAGACAGUGCUGGCACUUCGCUGGGUGAUCACCUUCUGUCCCGUGGCACGCUUUGUUCUGCUGACCAAGGACUCUGUGUUUGUCAACCUCCCUGCCAUCGGAGGCUACCUACUCGGGCUGCACAGGCACCCAGAGGAUCUUUAUCUAGGUAGGGUGAUCCAGAGGGACUCCCCUGACAGGGACCCCAACAGUCCAGGCUACCUGCUCCCGGCUCUCUACCCUGACAAGUACCUGCCUGAAUACUGUGAUGGGACGAGUUAUGUUCUGUCCCAGGAUGUGGUCCGAAAAGUGUAUGUAGUGUCUGCAGCAGUCCGGGCACCUUUGCCAGCUGAUGUUUUUGUGGGCAUUUGUGCUCAGAAGGCUGGUGUGGCACCUACCCACAGUGCCAGGUUCUCAGGGGAGAAACAUAUCCGCUACAACGCCUGCUGUUACCGCUAUCUGUUUAGCUCAGCAGGAAUGAGAAGCCAUGAACUAGAUAUAGUGUGGGCAGACCUGGGACAGAGAGGUGGAAGAUGCUCACUGUUAAAGACGUACUACGGCCUGGUGACCUGCAAGGCCCUCACAUACCUGGAUAAACUGUCCUUCUUCAACUCCCAGGGUCAAGCUGAAUCACAUGAUUAA